AGACCAAAGCAGGAUGGUGAUAAAGCGAAUGUUGGGUUUAGAAGGCCUAGACUCUUUCUCUGCUGACCCAUUGGUUGGUGAUGGGUCAAUCAGUGUUGUGGUAAAUCCACACAUACAUCAAGUAAAACUAUGUAAUUUUGGUAGUGAAAAAGCACCUGAACUUAUUUUUGGAGCAACCGAGUAUACGACAGCCAUUGAUGUCUGGUCUGCGGGAUGUGUUCUUGCUGAGCUCUUGCUUGGACAGCCAUUGUUCUUCUGUGAGAGCGGUGUUGAUCAACUUGUAGAGAUUAUCGAGGUUUUGGGAAAGCCUACUAGGGAAGAAAUCAAGUGCAUAAACCCUAAUUACACGGAAUUUAAAUUCCCUCACAUUAAAGCUUAUCCAUGGUAUAAGAUAUUUCACAAACGCAUGCCUCCGAGGCGGUUGAUUUGGUUUCAAGGCUUCUUCAAUACUCUCCCAAUCUACGAUCUGCCUGUG